GCGGCGGCGGAAAUGACAGUGUGGUGCUGCCGUGGUGUCAUGGUGCUGCCUCUGGACUGAGGGGCGAAAACUCUUUAAGUUUAGCCUGAGAGACCCAGAGGUGGUAGCGUCGUAGUCACCGUGCUGUCCCCUGCGGGGCGCGCGGAUCCUGGUUGCUGAGCGGCGGCGGCGGUGAAGGCGGCAGCGGCAGCGGCGGCGGCGAAGGCAGGCGGCGGCCUAGAGUGUUGGUGGCGGCGGCGGCAGUGACGGCGGCCCGAGAGCUGGCUCUGGAGCCCCAGCCAGCUUGCUGCGGAGGCCGGCGAGCGCCCUGCGCUCCCAGGCGCGCGUGGGAGAUGGCUGGCACCCGGGAAUGCUAUGGGUGAAAGCCCAGCCUCUGUGGUUCUUAAUGCCUCAGCAGGAUUAUUUUCACUAAAGAUGGAAACACUGGAGUCUGAAUUGACCUGUCCAAUCUGCCUCGAGUUGUUUGAAGACCCCCUUCUGCUCCCUUGUGCUCAUAGCCUGUGCUUCAGCUGUGCCCAUCGCAUCUUGGUCUCAAGCUGUAGCUCUGGUGAAUCCAUUGAACCUAUUACUGCUUUCCAGUGUCCUACGUGCCGGUAUGUUAUCUCGUUGAACCACCGGGGCCUGGAUGGCCUCAAGAGGAAUGUGACCCUGCAGAACAUUAUUGAUCGCUUCCAGAAGGCUUCAGUUAGUGGGCCUAAUUCCCCAAGUGAGAGCCGCCGGGACAGGACUUACAGGCCCAGCUCCGCCAUGUCUAGUGAGCGAAUUGCUUGCCAGUUCUGUGAGCAGGACCCACCAAGGGAUGCUGUGAAAACAUGCAUCACCUGUGAGGUCUCCUAUUGUGACCGUUGCCUUCGGGCCACUCACCCCAACAAGAAACCUUUCACCAGCCAUCGCCUGGUGGAACCAGUGCCAGACACACAUCUCCGAGGGAUCACCUGUCUGGACCAUGAGAAUGAGAAAGUGAACAUGUACUGUGUAUCUGAUGACCAAUUGAUCUGUGCCUUAUGCAAACUGGUGGGUCGUCACCGAGACCAUCAGGUCGCCUCCCUGAAUGAUCGAUUUGAGAAACUCAAGCAAACUCUGGAGAUGAACCUCACCAACCUGGUUAAGCGCAACAGUGAACUAGAAAAUCAAAUGGCCAAACUAAUACAGAUCUGCCAGCAAGUUGAGGUGAAUACUGCUAUGCACGAGGCAAAACUUAUGGAAGAAUGUGAUGAGUUGGUAGAGAUCAUCCAGCAAAGGAAGCAAAUGAUUGCUGUGAAAAUCAAAGAGACAAAGGUUAUGAAACUGAGAAAGUUGGCACAGCAGGUGGCUAAUUGUCGUCAGUGUCUUGAGAGGUCAACAGUCCUCAUCAACCAAGCCGAACAUAUUCUGAAAGAAAAUGACCAGGCACGGUUUCUACAGUCUGCAAAAAAUAUUGCUGAGAGGGUCGCUAUGGCAACUGCAUCUUCUCAAGUUCUGAUUCCAGACAUCAAUUUUAAUGAUGCCUUUGAAAACUUUGCUUUAGAUUUUUCUAGAGAAAAGAAACUGUUGGAGGGGCUAGACUACUUAACAGCCCCAAACCCACCAUCUAUCCGAGAGGAACUCUGUACAGCCUCCCAUGACACCAUUACAGUCCACUGGAUCUCGGAUGAUGAGUUCAGCAUCAGCUCCUAUGAGCUUCAGUACACCAUAUUCACUGGCCAGGCUAACUUCAUCAGCCUGUAUAAUUCAGUGGAUAGCUGGAUGAUUGUGCCCAACAUUAAACAGAACCAUUACACAGUACAUGGACUCCAGAGUGGGACACGCUACAUCUUCAUUGUUAAAGCCAUAAACCAAGCAGGCAGCCGGAACAGUGAACCCACCCGACUAAAAACAAACAGCCAGCCCUUUAAAUUGGAUCCCAAAAUGACUCACAAGAAGUUGAAGAUUUCCAAUGAUGGACUGCAGAUGGAGAAGGAUGAAAGCUCUCUGAAGAAAAGCCAUACCCCAGAGAGGUUUAGUGGCACAGGGUGCUAUGGGGCAGCAGGAAAUAUAUUCAUUGACAGUGGCUGCCACUACUGGGAGGUGGUCAUGGGUUCCUCAACAUGGUAUGCAAUUGGUAUUGCCUAUAAGUCAGCUCCAAAGAAUGAAUGGAUUGGCAAGAAUGCAUCCUCCUGGGUCUUUUCUCGAUGUAAUAGUAACUUCGUGGUGAGACACAACAAUAAGGAAAUGCUGGUGGAUGUGCCCCCACAGCUUAAGCGCCUCGGUGUCCUCCUGGAUUAUGACAACAACAUGCUGUCUUUCUAUGACCCAGCUAACUCUCUUCAUCUUCAUACCUUUGAUGUGACCUUUAUCCUUCCAGUUUGUCCAACAUUCACAAUCUGGAACAAAUCCCUAAUGAUCCUUUCUGGCUUGCCUGCCCCCGAUUUUAUUGAUUUUCCAGAGCGUCAGGAGUGCAACUGCAGGCCUCAAGAAUCUCCCUAUGUGUCUGGGAUGAAAGCUUGUCACUAAGUUUCAAGAGAGCAGAGAAUUCACUGGCUCUCCAGUUCAGCAGUCCUUUCCCUCUUAAACUUCGGUUAGUGCUCAAUAAUAUGAGACAAAAAGUAAAGUUUAUUUGAAGCAUCCAAAA